CAUGUGGAGUCGUGUGUCAAGUGUCAUCGGCAGUCGACGAUGGUCGACGAUUCGUCAGCUGAUAUACGUUUGCUAUAGUAUCACAUCACGAUUAGCAAGUCUGAUUUAAUUAAAAUUUCGUGUCGUCUGUAAGGAGGAUAAUUGCACAACAGCAAACAUGUCCACCGAUGUAAACAUGCAGGCUGAAAAACACAAUGAAGAAGCGAGUGUCAAUAAGACCGAAGAAGAAGAGGGCAGAUCGUCUAAAGACAUGCAUGCGCAAAAUGGUAGUCCUGUUUAUGGGGGCUGUGAAGGACCAAAUGCAAUGUAUGUGAAGCUAGUCAGUAGUGACGGCCAUGAAUUUAUUGUUAAACGGGAACACGCAUUAACAAGCGGCACUAUCAAAGCAAUGUUAAGCGGUCCUGGUCAAUUUGCAGAAAAUGAAGCCAAUGAAGUCAAUUUUCGAGAAAUCCCGUCUCACGUUUUACAAAAGGUCUGCAUGUAUUUUACUUACAAAGUACGCUACACAAACAGCAGUACAGAAAUACCAGAAUUUCCUAUUGCCCCCGAGAUUGCUCUGGAAUUGUUAAUGGCUGGCAAUUUCUUAGACUGUUAAGCAUCAUCCAUAAAAGUGUAUCGGCUUUAAUCGGCAAUUAAAUUAUAGGAACAAUGCAGCUUUCUUUAUUAUGAUCGUUUAAGAUGUAUUGUGAUAUCUGGAAAACCGUAUUGGAGCAUAAUAAUUGGUCGCUUUGAACUCACAUACUCUCGUGACAUGAAACGUUUUAAUGCGACGAGACAAAGCAAUGUCGGAAGUUUUAUAAUUACGAAAUCUGAAUAUUCCAUUUAUGUUAUGCUUCAUAAUUGAAUAUAGCCAUCAACACGUAAUAUUGUAUCACUUAAAGUAAUGAGUUAUAAACCGUUAUACCGAAUGAGUUGUACUGAUAAAAGAUUACCAUUCACACACUUCUAGCAAUUUGUAUUAUCUUCUAGCAAAUCAUACACAUCUAUCACCUGUUGUAUACUUAAACUAUAUAUUUCAGUAAAUUAUUGUUAACAAGAUUAAAAAUAAAUUCAACUUUAUAUACUGAA